CAUCCGAGUGACAUUUCUCUACAUUUCAUUCUAUUAUUUUCAAUAUAUCAUCAUCAAAGCCUUAUUUUCCCUUGAUUAUCGCUGGAAAAUAUUCUUCUUCAGUGCGGUCGAAAAUAAUAGAGAAAAGUGCACAUAUUUCGUUUGUAUCUAAAUUAGUUUAGUAGAGUUUCGAAAACACAGACCGAUUUCGUGGAUUGCAUUUAAUAUUCGUCAGUUGUUAGUCUAAUAAGAAAAUUAUUGCCAAUUCAGUGUACAUCGAAGAAUUAACCAAAGCAACAUUGGCGACACUUUACAAUGGAGGACCAACAAAGCGCUACCGAGCCGUCUCAACAAUUUGAGAACAUUGAUUUUAAUUCAUCGCCCGAUGAAAAUAACAAAGAAUCCAGCAAUAAUGAGGAUCAAGAACAGAAUGAAGCCAGCAACAACACAAUGGAAGACAUUUCAACGGAUGAACAUUCCGAUUUCUUCAUCGAAAUCACCGUAUCCGAACCGCAGAAAAUCGGUGAAGGCAUGGGCUCUUAUUUAGCGUACAAGGUAACAACACACACGAGCAUUCCAAAAUUCAAGGCCAAACAAUUCAGCUCAAUGAGGAGAUUCAGUGAUUUUCUUGGUUUGCAUGACCUGCUCGUGAGUAAAUACCUCCGCUUGGGACGAAUCAUUCCGCCAGCACCAGAGAAAAACCUUUUUGGAACAACUAAGGUCAAAAUGACUGCACAAACACCAACGGAGCCUGGCAAUGGCGCCAGUUUGGAGUGGAUUGAACAUCGUCGUGCUGCUCUUGAACGAUUUUUAUGUCGCACCGCUCAACAUCCAUCUCUAUGCCUUGAUCCGGAUUUCAUCAACUUUUUGCAAAGCAACGAAGAACUUCCGAGGGCUGUUAAUACGGCCACAUUGAGCGGUGCUGGUGUUAUGCGGCUAUUCAAUCGCUUCGGUGAGACUGUCAACAAAAUUACAUACAAAAUGGAUGAAAAUGAUCCGUGGUUCCAAGACAAAAUCUGCGAAGUAGAGAAUUUAGAUAAUAAUUUGCAAAAAUUGCACUCGGCACUGAAAUCAUUGGUGACACAUCGAAAAGAGCUAUCCGGAUUGACUGGUGCUGUUGCCAAGUCGGCAGCAAUAUUAAGCACGUGCGAAGAGCAUACGGGUCUCUCAAGAGCAUUAUCACAACUAGCUGAUACGGAGGAAAAGGUCGAACUAUUACGUUCCGAACAGGCCAACUCCGAUUUAUUCAUUUUGGCAGAAAUUAUUAAAGAUUACUUGGGCUUGAUCGGGGCGAUUAAAGAUGCCUUCCAUGAGCGUGUCAAGGUAUUCCAAAACUGGGAGCAUUCACAAAUACAACUGACCAAACGACGUGAAAACAAGGCCAAAUUGGAUCUUGCGAAUCGAAUUGAUAAAACUGAAGCGGCUCAAAAGGAGAUUGUCGAAUGGGAGGCAAAAGUGCAACGUUGCCAGCAAGAAUUCGAGGAAAUUUCCAAGGAAAUCAAAAAAGAGAUGGAACGUUUUGAUAUGAAACGUGUGACCGAAUUUAAAUCAAUCAUCAUCAAGUAUUUAGAAGACCAAAUGGCACACCAGCAACAGCUCGCCAAAUAUUGGGACGCAUUCAUUCCGAUCGCCAAGGAAAUCGUUUAAACCUACUUUGAUUCAGCAUUCUUCUUUAUAUUUUUUUUCCCUAUAAAAAAAACCACUUUAGAUAAAUCGAAUGCAAUGGCAACACAAAAUUUCAUUUAUUUGUAAAAUAAAAAUUCAUGAUCUUUGGAAGUAAGGUAUGGAAAAAAAAAUACGAUAUUGCAUGUAAGCAACAAAGAAAUAUAUCUUUAUAACUUAAAAUUUGCCCAAAAUGAUUCAAGCACGAGUUGAAACAUUGAAUGUAUUCUUUAGAAUAAGAAGAAAAAUCUUUAUACAAUAACAUUUGUUUGUACAAUAAAUGUUUUCUAGAAUCAUA